GUAGAGAUGGGCGUGAUGGUAAAGAUGUGUUACCAGGUCCAAAAGGUCCACCGGGUUUGAAAGGAGAGAUAGGACAUCAAGGUGUGAGAGGUCCACCAGGACCCAAGAGUGGUGGAGUACAGUACGUACGAUGGGGAAGAAGUGCAUGCCCUUCAAAUGCUACUCUUGUUAAGAUACGAGUAAUAGCCUGUUCUCACAAAGGCGGUGCUUCUGAUUACGUUUGCCUUCCUGAGACUCCCAAAUAUGGAAGGUACAAAGAUGGCCUUCAGUCGCUCGGUGGAUACAUGUAUGGUGCAGAAUACGAAGUUUCCUUUGAGCUUUUCACCAAAAGCGGCCUUUAUGACCAUGAAGUACCUUGUGCUGUGUGUUCUGUUCAAACACCAAGUGCUAAGUUGAUGAUCCCUGCAACAUACGAGUGUCCCGCGGGAUGGAAACGGGAAUAUCACGGGUAUCUGAUGACUGAGCAUUCCAAACACAUACAUCAAACUGAGUUUAUCUGCGUAGAUCAAGACGCAGAAUUUGUUUCUGGGACUAAGCCUGAUUUAGACGGUGCAGUGUUGUAUCCUGUGGAAGGAAGAUGUGGUUCUCUACCAUGUCUUCCAUAUGUUGAGGGACGAGAACUGACAUGCGUAGUGUGCACCAAGUAA